CCAAACGUCAUCACGACUUACGGAAUUAUUGAAAUACAAAAAAAAGUCACCAUUAAAUAUUUUAAAGAUUAGCCGCAGCUAGCUUCAUCUUUAGUUAUGGCACCUUUAGAUCCCUCUGUGACCAAGCUGGUCGACCUCAACCAGAAGAGCUUGUAUAUUUCUGCGCUUGCAAUUGCUUUUAAUCCUCUAUUCUGGAACAUCGUAGCUCGAAAAGAAUACCAUAACAAGACACUUACCAAGCUCUUCGGCGGACAUUCGCAAGCCGCAUGCUAUGGGUUAGCUCUCACGAUUUUCUCCCUUGGCCUGGUGCGCGACUUCUUAUACGAGCGUGCCCUGCGCCAGCAACCCUCCUACCCGCUACUCGAGCUGGACGAGGUGAAAUACCUGGCGUACGCACUGAUUGCCGUGGGAAACAUACUGGUCGUGUCCUCGACCUGGGCGCUGGGCGUCACGGGCACGUUCCUAGGGGAUUACUUUGGGAUACUGAUGGAUGACAUCAUAACGGGCUUCCCGUUCAACAUCACGGACGCGCCCAUGUACAACGGGUCGACGUGCAGCUUCCUGGGCACGGCGCUGCUGUACGGCAAGCCGGCGGGGAUCCUGCUGACAGCCUGGGUCUUCGUCGUCUACCAGAUCGCGCUCACGUACGAGAACCCGUUCACGGCGGAGAUAUACGCCAAGAGGGAGAGGGAGCGGGCUGCGGCAAAGACGGGCAGCAAGAAAUCGCAAUAAAUCGGCAAACUGACUGGCUGGCUAAGCACUUACUAUGUACGUACCUAACAUAGUACUCGGGGUUAGGUAUGCAUGUGCCCAUACCGAUAUUUGCCGAGACUCGCCCGAAACCAGAAAUCGACUACGCAGGGUGGGCCAACGGACGGCUGAUGAUGAUCCGAGAUAAGCCCUUACGUUACUACCUAAUAAUGUAUUGUACGUACGAGGUGUGGGAAAUUAGUA